AUGGAAGAGAUCGGUACUUCAAUUGCAUCUAAACUUGUAGAAGAACCAGUGGCACUAAUUGGGAGACAACUCAGCUAUCUAGCUUACUAUGAUUGUAACAUAGAAAGUCUAAAGUACGCGCUUAAAAAGCUUGAUGACAAGAAAAAUGAUGUGGAAAGAUCUGUGGAUGCUGCAAAAAGGAAUGGUGCAACCAUCAAAGAUCAAGUUCAGAGCUGGUUGGAGGAUGUAAGCAAAAUAUUUCAUGAAGCAGAAGAACUUGAAAACAAAGUCAACAGGCAAAGGCGGUGUUUGUAUGGAUUGUGCCCAAGUUUGAAAUCGCGGUAUUCUCUAAGUAGGAAAGCCAAGAAGAUUGCUCAGCGUGUACUUGAACUCAAACUAGACGAAGGAUUAAGUAAUAAUGUUGCCAAUCCUGCACCUCUGCAACAGCUAGGGUCAAUAAUCUCUAGUGAAGGUUUUAAGGGUUUUGAAUCCAGAAAAGAUGUCAUGAAUGAUGUGCUUAGUGCUUUGAGGAAUGAAAAGACAAGAAUAAUUGGGAUUUGCGGGAUGGGAGGUGUGGGUAAAACCACAAUGGUGAGAGAAAUCAAAGAAAUCAUCAAGAGAUUACAAGGAACAAAUAAGCUGUUUGAUGAUGUUGUGAUGUCAACUGUAUCCGCAACUGUAAACAUUGGGAAAAUUCAAACUGAAAUUGCAGAGUCACUAGAUAUGAAAUUGGUCGAGGAAAGUGAAUCUAUAAGAGCACUAAGGCUACAUGAGAGAAUCAAGCAGAGUAAAAGAAUCCUGAUUAUAUUGGAUGAUGUAUGGUCAGAGCUUAAAUUACAGGAUGUAGGAAUCCCUUUUGGUGUUGGACCUACAACUAAUCAAGUUCAUGAAGGGUGCAAAAUUUUGUUGACAUCUUGA